AAUCUUUUAAAAGCAUACUGCCUGUACGCUGGCAUCUCUAAGAAGAUGCAAUAAGCAAAACAAACCACGAAACAGCUGCAAUCAGCUGUAAUAAACCGGAAAAUUCAUUUUCUGACAUUUCCUUUUCAACCUUUGGCAUAUAAACAAAUUUUAUUUAUUUUUCAAAACUGAAUAAACCAUUUCGUGCGCGUACAGGGAAAAAUGGAAGGUCAUGGUGAUGAAGAAGUCAGCAGUCAAGACCCUUUACCACUCGAAAGAUCAGGCGUUGUAAGAGAAAUUGGCAACCAAGCUGUUUGGAGUUUAUCAUCGUGUAAGCCAGGUUUUGGAGUUGAACGACUUCGUGAUAAUAUCAUCGACACUUAUUGGCAGUCAGACGGUCAAUUGCCACAUCUUGUCAAUGUGCAAUUCCAUAGGAAAACACGUAUCAGCGCAGUAUAUUUAUAUGCCGACUACAAACUUGACGAAAGCUAUACACCCUCACGUAUAUCCUUGAGAACUGGGUCUAAUUUUAACGAUUUACAAGAGCUGCAAAAUCAAGAACUUUUUGAGCCAACAGGUUGGACGGCCAUACAAGUGGAAAGCGGCAAGUCGCGCCCCGUGCGCAUAUACAUGUUACAAAUUGCAAUUGUGGCGAAUCACCAGAACGGCCGGGACACUCAUUUACGACAAAUACGCAUUCAUGCUCCGGUCGAAAAUUCAAAAGAAAAAUUCACUUCAAUUAGUUUUAAGAAAUAUGAUAAUAUAAGAUAAAUAUGUUGAUGAAAUAAAAAGGGCAUCGUUAGAAUGAAAAACU